AUGGCAUAUGCUACCUCAGAAAUUCAAGACGAGCCUCCUAAUGAUGGGUCCAGUGACUCAGAAACCGCCCUUCGACCUGCACUGUGUGAUCACACCUGCCCUGGGGACUCGGAGCUGAGGUCUAUGGUGGAGGAAAGUGCCUUUCAGGCUCUGUGCGAAGAAACCCUGACCAAAAGGCCACGUCGCACAUUCUGUGCCUCUGAACCGGAGGAGGAUAAUGACUUCCUGUCCAUGACCUUUCCCAGAAAACUGUGGAAGAUCGUUGAAAGCGAGCAGUUUAAGUCUAUCUGGUGGGAUGAGAACGGAACUUCUAUAGUGAUUAACGAAGAGCUCUUUAAGAAGGAAGUUUUGGAAAGAAAGGCCCCUUUCAGAAUAUUUGAAACGGAUAGUAUGAAAAGUUUAGUUCGACAGCUUAACCUUUAUGGAUUUAGUAAAAUGCGACAGAAUUUUCAGAGGUCUGCCUCUCUAGCUGACUUUCUGGCAGAAGAAAAAGAAGUCUCUGUUCUAAGCAAGUUACAGUUCUUUCAUAAUCCCAAUUUUAAACGAGGCUGUCCCCAACUCCUAGUGAGAGUGAAAAGAAGACUUGGAAUUAAACAUGCUUCUCCAGCAUCUUCAUUAUUUCAAGAUUUCAACAAGAAGCACUUUGGAGGACGGGGUCAUGUGGAUAACCAUAAUUCUGGUUUGGUUGCUGAAACAAGUGAAGAAAGUGUAUUUUCACAGUCCACAAAUUUAAAUAUGCCUCUCAUCAGAAGUCCUGCUACCAGCCAAAUAAUUGUUAAGACAACUGCUCACAUGAGAAGUAAUUUUUCUCCUCCGUCAUCUGCUUUAGCGAGACCAUCAGAACAAGCUGCCAGGGAUCGACGUGCUGUUUCAGACCCGCGGACCACCUGCCCUGCGCACUCACACAGCAGCUGCGCUCAGGCGAAUUUCAUCCCAACCGCGACCUCCGCUCUUCAGAACCACAUCAUUUCUCCCUUACAGAGAAGCUAUUUUGAAAGAAUGGUGCAUCCUUCUACUUUUCCCAAUAGAUAUUCUUAUUCAUCGGUCAUUGAUGGUCUUCCUCCUACCCUGCAACUGGCCGGCAGCCCAAGCUUCCCAAUGCCGGUGAUAGCUGAUACAUCUGCUGCCUCUUUCCAGGGCAACUCCUCAGAUACCUUGAUUACAUGA